AUGGUGAACACAAUGCCCAGUCACGAAUCAGAGAAAGAGCUCUCCAUUAGCAACUCCGUCCCAAAAGCUGGCAUUUACAUUCUCGACGAUGAUGAAAAUCCGGUAGGAACUUGUCAAACAGGUUUGCUGUGGUUAGGCAGUGCAGCCGCUCCCCCUCCCCGAGCGUCUUUGUACUUGCCAGAAUCGACGGCGAAGAGAUACAAAUAUGACCCAUUUGAAAAAAAUGGCUCCUUCAUGUACAAUACAGGAGCCUUAUGUUGCUGGCGAGCAGACGGAUCCAUCGCCUAUCUGGGUCGACAAGAUGAACAAGGACGCCGCGUCAAGCUCGAAAGUAUCGCUGCCUCAAUGGAAGAGGCGUCGUUUAUUACCAAAGCGUGUGCUAUAUUUAGCGAGGGGUUGCUUUGGGGUUUCUACUCAGGAUCUCCGAACGUCGACGUGGCAACCAUCAAAGCAUUCGUUGCAGAAAGACUGCCGGAAUAUGCUGUCCCUUCCAAGUUUGUAUUCCGGGAGACUCUCCCUUUGAAACCGAAUGGCAAAUUCGACAGGCGAGCGUUGCUGGCUUCAGUGGGCACGUAUGUGGCCUCCUCUCCGCCAGAUACACCCGUAGAACCUGAUCUUCUUGCUUCAUGGAUCUUGGAGAAGGAGAAGGCUCAAGUCUAUAUCAGAGAACCUGAAAGAUCUUUGGCAGGUAGCUUGAAACUUGAAGGCGAUCAUUUAGUGGGCGCGGCUGUGACUGUCACUCCACCUGCUUCAGCCAUGCCACCUGCACAUCUCUCUUCGGAGAAGGAGAUGAUGCAAGCCGUUGUUACAACGCCUGUGGUAAAUUCUCCAAGCAAGAUUGAGUUACCAGGCAAGAAGGGAGUACAUGGUCUCCGCUCGAUACGACACAAGAUUUUUUCGCUCUAUCGAUGGCUCUUUUCUUUUGCCUUUAUUGCCAACUUGAUGGGUAUGGUUCUUAUGUGGAAGUUCAGCAAAGCCGGAAGAGGACUGCAAAAUGCCUGCAUUGCCGAGGCUGUAAACCUUUUUAUGGUAGUGUUGAUGAGGCAAGAGUACUUCAUCAAUGCCUUAUACAGAGUUGCAUGUCUCGUGCCAACUUCAUGGCCAUUCUGGAUCAGGAAACGCGUCGCGAAUAUUUACCACAUAGGUGGCAUUCACAGUGGCUGCGCAAUCAGCGCACUUGUCUGGCUAAUCAUCUUCACCGUUGGAUCCACGAUCAAUCGUCCCGAUGUCGCCGUUCUCACUGUUUCCUACCUAAUUCUCGCUCUCAUGACUGCAAUGAUCGUAACUGCGCAUCCCGCCAUGAGAAAGAAGUACCACGACAGCUUUGAGAUGGUGCAUCGAUUUGCUGGAUGGACCGUGGUCGCUCUCUUCUGGGCACAAACAGUUGUCGUUGCCAACAGUUUCCGCGAGGAUACAGUUGAAGUUGAUGCCAACGGUGUCAUUAUAAGCAAUUAUUCUUCACUCGGUUCCGCAUUGCUCAAGAGCCCCGGAAUGUGGCUCCUUUCGAUGGCGACCUUCAGCAUCAUAUUGCCUUGGCUACACCUCCGCAAGGUCACAGUCCGGACAGAAUUCAUGUCUAAGAGUGCUGUGCGUCUGUACUUCAACUAUACUAGGAAUCCGAGACCCGGAACAGCGAUCCGAAUCUCUACCCGUCCGCUUCUGGAGUGGCAUGCCUUUGCAACCAUUGCCAAGCCCGGCGAGAAUGAGUUCUCGAUACUUAUCGCCAACGCAGGCGAUUGGACGUCAAAACAGAUAGAGAAGGGUCCUUCGAAGAUGUGGGUGCGUGGUAUACCCACCUCUGGUGUCGUUGGAAUCACCCCCCUCUUCCGAUCGGUCCUCCUCGUCGCCACUGGUUCAGGUAUCGGGCCCUGUCUCCCAGUUAUAUAUGCGAAGAAGGUUCGCUGUCACAUUUUCUGGAGUGCUCCUAAUCCGGAGUCGACUUUUGGCCCCGAGAUCAUCAACUCCAUCACCGAAUGUUAUCCCCAAGCGGUAAUCCACAACACGAAAACGAUGGGCCGGCCUGACAUGGUCGCCAUGACUUAUAGAAUGUUUAAAGAGAGUGGUGCUGAGGCUGUGGUGAUCAUCAGUAACCAGAAGCUGACACAAUUAGUUGUGUACGGGAUGGAGAGUCGGGGUAUUCCUGCCUAUGGUGCGAUUUUCGACUCGUAG